GAAGAAAGUAGAGAUUCUCCAUUGAGAUUGUGUCCCAAAACCUCCAAAGAGACACACGUUCUUCUUAGUUGUCCCUUUGUUGUUAGGUAUCUUCGACGGGACGUAGAAGCGACGAAGCUACAACACGAAAUCGAUCUUCUUUCUUCUUCUUCUUCUUCUUCUCUCUGACUCUGCGUUAUCCUCGUCGGCGAUUGUUUAAUCGAUCCCUCAGAUAAGGUUCUCAGGGUUUAUGUUGCUUCUAUGAGACGGACACGUUGCAAUUGGUGCUUCAUGUCUAGGUAAUGAAGGUUUUAUGUGAUAGAUUUGUUCCUCAACAAUGUUCUUCAUCAAGCAUGAGUGAAAAGCAUGAUAAAUCCCCAACAUCUCUAGUUUCAGAUUCAGGACCUAGGGAUAAUAAGUCCAAGUUUACUUUGUGGUCAAACGUGUUUGCGCCUUCUUCCUCAGUUUCUCAACCGUUUAGGGAGUCUUCAACUUCCGGGCACAAGCAAGUUUGGGCUACUUGUAAUGGUUGGACAGCAUUUGUAAAGAAAGCCUUUAUGACGAGUGGUGCAAUCAGGAGAUUCCAGGAGCGUGUUUUAGGGCCAAACAGGACUGGUCUUCCGAGCACCACAAGUGACGUAUGGCUCUUGGGUGUCUGUUAUAAAAUAUCUGAGGAUGAAGCCUCAGGGGAAACAGAUGAUGGUAGUGUAUUGGCUGCAUUUAAACAAGAUUAUUCAUCCAGAAUACUGAUUACAUAUCGUAAAGGUUUCGAACCUAUUAAGGACACAACUUAUACCAGCGAUGUAAACUGGGGUUGCAUGCUUCGGAGCAGCCAGAUGCUUUUUGCUCAGGCAUUGCUUUUCCAUAGGCUGGGGAGGUCUUGGAGAACCAAGAAAUCUGAGCCGCCUGAACAGGAAUACUUAGAGACCUUGGAACUUUUUGGUGAUUCCGAGGCUUCAGCUUUCUCCAUCCAUAAUCUUAUACUAGUUGGAGAGUCCUAUGGUCUUGCUGCUGGGUCAUGGAUAGGACCAUAUGCGAUAUGUCGAUCGUGGGAAUCAUUAGCUUGCAAGAAGAGAAAACAAACUGAUUCUAAACACAAGAUGCUUCCUAUGGCUGUUCAUAUCGUUUCGGGUAGCGAAGAUGGAGAGAGAGGCGGGGCUCCAAUUCUCUGUAUAGAAGAUGCCAGAAAAUCUUGUCUAGAAUUCUCAAAUGGACAGGCUGAGUGGACUCCGAUUCUUCUUUUGGUCCCACUGGUUCUUGGGCUUGACAGAGUGAAUCCCAGGUACAUUCCAUCUCUCAUAGCCACAUUCACUUUCCCUCAGAGUCUGGGGAUUUUGGGUGGCAAACCAGGUGCCUCAACUUACAUAGUUGGCGUUCAAGAAGACAAAGGUUUCUACCUUGAUCCGCACGAAGUCCAACAGGUAAUCACAGUCAACAAGGAAACUACAGAUGUGGACACAUCCUCCUAUCACUGCAAUGUCCUUCGUUACGUUCCUUUGGAAUCACUCGACCCAUCUCUAGCUCUCGGAUUCUAUUGCCGCGACAAAGGUGAUUUCGAUGAUUUCUGUCAACGAGCAUCGAAACUAGCGGAGGAAUCAAACGGUGCUCCAUUGUUCACCGUCACUCAAACCCACAGCGCGAUAAGCCACAGCAAUUGCGGGUUUGUGGAGGAUACAACAGAGGACGAACGUGAAGAAGAUGAAUGGCAAUUGCUCUGAUCAUCAAACCAUUAUACAAUUCUCAUUUCUUCUUUUGUAGCUAAUGAUACAGAGUUCUCUUCUUCCGCCUACCAUUUCCAUCACAAUACAAUGUUGUACUAUAAAAACCACACAUCUUUUGGAUUUUCAAACAUAGAUUGAAGAUUGUGAAAAGGGAAGAGUGGAGAAACCAUAAGGUAUUUGGAUAUGACCACUCCAUUUUCCGA